AUGGCAGAACGUUGGCAGACAUUCUCCUUGCCCGGAGCCAUCAGGCGAGCAAAGACAGCCAUGACAGGGCCCUCCAAGAUGCCUAGUGACCCACUGGAGGAGCAACGCGCAGAGCUUUUGGAAAUGGACCGGCUCAUCUCCAGCUUGAGUGCAUGUGUUGCCGCCUUGGAGCCACAGAGCGCUUUGCUUGCCUCCGCACCGGUUCCACUUUUCGAUCCCCUGACCCGCUUCUAUGGCCAGGAUAUGCCAGGCAGCCCAGCAAUCGACAAGCUUUGCACUCAACUCAAUGACUUUGCCAACAAAUCCAAGGACAGUGAAUCUGGUCUCGACUUGUUGCAAGCAAGACUGCAGACCCUGUCUGAACGCAACAAGGUUGCCCAUCAGUCUUUUGGUGCCCGUGAUGUGGCAUGGUCUAGCCAGGACCAUUACGAAAAGAAGGUGGAAAGGCUGAAAGAACAGAUCGCCAAAGGUGGAAGUUCGCAUGCGCUUGUACAGAAGCUCAACCGAAAUGAACAGAAGAAGCGGGAUAGCCAACAGGAGCUGUUGGGCCGACAGGUCAGUGAAGCGCUGGAGAAUCGAUGGCAGGAGAUUGGUGAGGCCGUGGCUCAGCUUUGCCAGUACUACGUUUCCGUCUUCCAGGAAGGGCAUUGA